AUGGCUACAAUGAACCAAACAAGAAUCACAGAAUUCAUUCUAUUGGGUUUCGGAGACCUUCACAGCUUUAACAUUGUAUUUUUUGUUCUUUUCUUGAUUAUUUUUAUUUUGACGAUUAUUGGAAACCUUCUCAUCAUCAUCUUAGUCUCCACCAAUGCCCAGCUCCAGACCCCCAUGUAUUACUUCCUCUGUCAUCUUUCCUUAUCUGAUCUGGCGACCUCCACCAACAUCGUUCCCAACAUGCUCGGUGCCAUUCUACGAGCCGGGAAAUUUAUGACUUACAUUGGAUGCAUCACCCAAUUUUACUUCUUCAGUGGUAUAACUGUUACGGAAUGUCUUCUGCUCACAGUGAUGUCCUAUGACCGAUACCUGGCCAUCUGUAACCCCCUGAGAUAUUCUACUAUCAUGGACUCUAAGCGCCAGACCUGUCUAUCAGUAUGGCCAUGGCUUCUGGGUCUGACUUUUAAUCUUGUAGCAGUCUUGCCUGUAUCCAACUUUCAUUUUUGCCGUGACAAUAUCAUUGACCACGUGUUCUGUGACCUUUCCCCUCUCCAGAAGAUUUCUUGCUCAGACACUUCUGUUAUAGAAUUUGAGAUCUUUCUGCUCUCUAUGCCGGUAUUUAUGCUCCCUUGUGGUUUUAUCACCGUAACCUAUGUGUAUAUCUUCCUCACCAUAGCUAAAAUACCAACAAAAAGCAAACAAAAAACCUUUUCUACCUGCAGUUCACAUCUUAGCGUUGUGGGGGCCUUUUAUGGUACCUUAAUAGCUAAAUACAUGAUCCCGUCUGUAGGACAUUCAAUGCUUAUCAACAAGAUUGUUUCCCUAUUACAUACUUUACUUACCCCCUUAUUUAACCCUAUAAUAUAUAGUCUCAGAAAUCAGGAAAUAAAGACGGGUUUUAGAAAAACUUUCGCACAAUAA